GUACAUGGGCGUCCUCGUCUGUUGAAACCAAGAGUAGCAUCUGCCCACCGGAUGCAGGUGUUCACCAUAAGAUUGCAAGACAACCCGUUGUACAUAUGAGACGUUCUGAUCCAGAUGGGAUGUAAUGUUGUGUGGCUGCACAACUGAGCAUUGGUCUCCUUCUCCGCUGCUUCGUGAAGAUUGGUGUCCAAGAUCGGUGUCCACAGAAUGGCACGAUUCGGAGACGAAGUACCGGCCAGGUACGGUGGAGGGCCCGGCGGAGGGGGUCCGGGGGGCCGCGGUGGUAGCAGGCAAGGUGGGCCCCAUGGACACGGUCACGGUCAUGGCCACGGCCACGGUCCACCAGGCGGACCAGGGUCCCAGAGAAUGUACAAGCAGUCAAUGGCGCAGAGAGCCCGGACAAUGGCCCUCUAUAAUCCAAUUCCCGUGCGCCAGAACUGUUUCACUGUCAACCGAUCGCUGUUCAUUUUCAGCGAGGACAACUUCGUGAGAAAAUACGCCAAAAAGAUCACCGAAUGGCCUCCCUUUGAGUGGAUGAUUCUAGCCACCAUCAUUGCCAACUGCAUUGUCUUGGCUCUGGAACAACAUUUGCCUGAUGGAGACAAGACGCCGCUGUCUGAACGCUUGGAUGAUACAGAACCGUACUUCAUAGGGAUCUUUUGCUUCGAGUCUGGAAUAAAGAUCCUCGCCCUUGGUUUCGCCUUCCACAAGAACUCGUACCUAAGAAAUGGAUGGAACGUUAUGGACUUUGUGGUGGUGCUCACAGGGAUUCUGUCCACUGUGGGUUCAGAUUUUGACUUGCGGACCCUACGGGCUGUAAGAGUAUUGAGGCCUCUCAAACUGGUAUCCGGUAUUCCCAGUUUACAGGUGGUGCUUAAAUCCAUCAUGAAGGCCAUGAUUCCUCUGCUGCAAAUUGGCCUGCUGCUUUUCUUUGCCAUCCUCAUGUUUGCCAUCAUCGGACUGGAGUUCUACAUCGGAAAAUUCCACCUAACUUGCUUUGACAAUCACACAGAUGAGAUCCGAGAAGAGUUUCCAUGUGGGCAUGAACCUCCAUCACGGCUGUGUCCAGAAGGCACCACAUGUAAAAAGUACUGGUUGGGACCAAACUAUGGGAUCACCCAAUUCGACAACAUCCUGUUUGCUAUUCUCACCGUCUUCCAGUGCAUCACCAUGGAGGGCUGGACUGACCUGCUCUACUAUAGCAACGACGCCUCAGGGAGUGCAUGGAAUUGGAUGUACUUCAUCCCCCUUAUCAUCAUCGGCUCCUUCUUCAUGCUCAACCUGGUGCUUGGUGUGUUGUCAGGGGAGUUUGCCAAAGAGAGAGAGCGUGUGGAGAACAGGAGUGAGUUCCUGAAGCUCAGACGACAACAGCAGAUUGAAAGGGAACUCAAUGGUUAUCUAGAAUGGAUCUGCAAAGCUGAAGAGGUCAUCUUGGCAGACGAUGAAAAUGAAAAUGAUUAUGACGGUUCUCGUAGGAGAGCGACGAAGAACCAUAAGAGCAAAGCUGAGCUUCUAAAUCCAGAGGAAGGGGAGGGAGAUCUGGCAGUGGGUUCACCUUUUGCUCGUGCCAGCCUGAAGAGCUCUAAGCUGGAAGGAUCAACUUUUAAGCGGCGGGAACGAAGAUUCCGCUUCUUUAUCCGACACGUUGUCAAGUCCCAGGCCUUCUACUGGACCGUACUGUGUUUAGUGGGACUCAACACGCUGUGUGUGGCUGUGGUGCACUACGACCAGCCUGAACCACUUUCAGAUUUUCUAUAUUUAGCUGAAUUCAUCUUCCUGGGAAUAUUCCUAACAGAGAUGUUCGUGAAGCUGUACGGCCUGGGCAGGCAGGCCUACCUCAACUCCUCCUUCAACUGCUUUGACUGCAUUGUGAUAAGUGGCAGUAUUUUUGAAGUACUGUGGUCCAUCAUUCAGCCCGGUACAUCAUUUGGCAUCAGUGUGCUGCGAGCUCUCAGGUUAUUAAGGAUCUUCAAAGUCACCAAGUACUGGGCAUCUUUGCGUAACCUCGUCGUCUCUCUGCUCAACUCCAUGAAGUCUAUCAUCAGCUUGCUCUUCCUGCUCUUCCUCUUCAUAGUUGUCUUUGCCCUACUGGGCAUGCAGCUCUUUGGGGGACAGUUUAACUUUGAAAAUGGAACCCCUCCAACCAAUUUUGAUACCUUCCCCGCAGCAAUAAUGACAGUGUUUCAGAUCCUGACAGGUGAGGACUGGAACGUGGUGAUGUAUGAUGGCAUCCAGUCUCAGGGUGGAGUCAACAAGGGCAUGGCCUUCUCUGUUUUCUUCAUCGUUCUCACACUUUUCGGCAACUACACUCUGCUAAAUGUGUUCUUGGCCAUUGCUGUAGACAAUUUGGCGAAUGCACAGGAACUGACCAAGGAUGAACAGGAGGAAGAGGAGGCUGCCAGUCAGAAAAUUGCCCUGCAGAAAGCCAAGGAGGUGGCUGAAGUCAGCCCACUGUCUGCUGCCAACCUCUCCAUUGCAGCCAACAAAGUACACAGUGAGUGUCACAACGCAACCGACCCCUUUCUGAACUGUAAAGAGCAGCAAAAGAACCACAAUAAAGGGGUCAAUAAGUCGGUCUGGGAACAGCGCACCAAGGAGCUAAGGAAGCAGACUCUGGUGUCCAGCCGCGAGGCCAUCUACAACGAGCUGGACUCUGAUGACCGCUGGAAGGCAAGGGAGGAGCAGAACAAUGUCAAUUAUUCACGUCACAUCCGUCCAGACAUGAAGACCCAUCUGGAUCGACCCCUAGUCGUCGACCCCCUUGAGAACCGAAACAAUAACACCAACAAGAACACUGCCAACAAUUCAGACCUCUGCGUGAGCCAGCACCAUCCUGGGGAUGAGUUCCACAAGCAAACACGGCUCCAUGAGCAUCAUGGACAAGUAGCAGGAGGUGGUGGAGGUGGUUCAGGACCACCCCGGCCACCCCUGGACCGAGGGGAGUCCACAGAGAGUAGGCGGAGCCGUAAAGGUGAACAUCACCAUAAAUCUCAUGUCCGAUUGGAUGCCACAGUCAUUCCUGGGCCAGGCUCGGAGGAGAGGCCAUCAAGACGCCAUCACCACACCCGGAGUGGCAGCCGAGGGGGAGGGCAGUCGGAGCACAGGAAGCCCAGGUCACAUCGUAAAAAUGCAGAAGAUGGUGAGGAUGGUGGGGAAGGAGCUGGAAAAUCAGGGAGACACAAGAGCAAAGGGGUGGAGGGAGGUGGAGGAGCACAUGAAGGAGCUGGCAAUGGCAGUGAGAGAAAGCCAAGAAGAAAUCGGCAUGGAACUCAAACAGAGGGUGAGGGGAGGAGGAUGUGCCAGCACAGAAGGAAGGAUUGCAGUGUUCCUAACCUCUCUACCACACGGCCCAUCCAAAAGAGCCUCUCCAGGCAGAAUAGCCAGUACAGUGAGGAUAUGGACAACCUCAUGAACACCAAACUUGUUUCUGGUUCUACUCCGCCCACAGAGGGUCACCCUAACCGACUUAAGCACGCUGUAGUCCCUGCCUUUGGAUCUGCCCUCCACCUUGCCAACAGCGGCACUCACGGGAGUUUGGUCACAUUAGAUAGUUAUGGGAAUAUCAGUCAUCACCGUACCAACAGUGUAAUCAGACUGCCCCACCCAGACUACACUGCUGUGGAUAUGCCCAUUUUUCCAUCCAAAAAUGCUAUACUGCAAGUUAAUAAAAAUGCCAACACAGAGCCUCUUCCAGCAAAGGAGGAUAAGGAUGAUGAUGAUGAUAAGGGAGGCCAAGGAGGACCCAGGCCCAUGCCUCCAUAUAGUUCCAUGUUCAUCCUGUCCACCACAAACCCAUUUCGCAGGGCGUGUCACUACAUCUGCACCCUGCGUUAUUUUGAGAUGUGCAUCCUGCUGGUCAUUGCCAUGAGUAGCAUUGCCUUGGCUGCUGAAGACCCGGUCUGGCCUGAAUCCCCUCGAAACAAUGUUCUCCGCUAUUUCGACUAUGUCUUUACAGGAGUGUUUACAUUUGAGAUGCUGAUAAAGAUGGUAGAUCUGGGGUUGCUAUUGCACCAGGGCUCUUAUUUCCGGGACUUGUGGAACAUCCUUGACUUUAUAGUGGUUAGUGGUGCUCUGGUGGCCUUUGCCUUCACGGGGAGCAGUAAAGGAAAAGACAUCAGCACCAUCAAGUCUUUGAGGGUUCUGAGAGUGUUGCGUCCUCUGAAGACCAUUAAACGUCUUCCAAAACUCAAGGCUGUGUUCGACUGUGUGGUGAAUUCUCUGAAGAAUGUGCUGAACAUCCUGAUUGUGUACCUACUCUUCAUGUUCAUCUUCGCUGUGGUGGCUGUGCAGCUCUUCAAGGGCCGUUUCUUUUACUGCACUGAUGAAUCCAAAGAGUUUGAGCGUGACUGCAGAGGCGAGUAUCUGGUGUACGAACGUGAUAACGAAGUGAAGGCGCAGAAGCGGGAGUGGAAGAAAUACGAUUUCCACUAUGACAAUGUGGCUUGGGCCCUUCUCACCCUCUUCACUGUAUCCACUGGAGAGGGGUGGCCGCAAGUGCUGAAACAUUCAGUGGAUGCGACCUAUGAGAACCAGGGCCCAAGCCCAGGAUACCGGAUGGAAAUGUCCAUCUUUUACGUGGUGUACUUCGUGGUCUUCCCCUUCUUCUUCGUCAACAUCUUCGUAGCUCUCAUUAUCAUCACCUUUCAGGAACAAGGAGAUAAGAUGAUGGAGGACUAUAGUUUAGAAAAGAAUGAGAGAGCUUGUAUAGACUUCGCCAUCAAUGCAAAGCCUCUGACACGUCACAUGCCUCAAAACAAACUAAGCUUUCAGUACCGAAUGUGGGAGUUUGUGGUGUCACCACCAUUUGAAUAUACUAUCAUGGCUAUGAUUGCACUCAACACAGUCGUGCUGAUGAUGAAGUAUGACGGAGCUUCUAAAACCUAUGAAGAUGUAUUAGCCAACCUGAACAUAGUGUUUACCUCUCUCUUCUCCUUGGAGUGUGUACUCAAGAUCAUUGCCUUUGGCGCAUUGAAUUAUUUCAAAGAUGCCUGGAAUAUUUUUGACUGUGUGACAGUCCUGGGCAGCAUUACUGACAUCCUGGUUACGGAGCUUGGGAUGGAUAAUUUCAUCAACCUAAGUUUCCUAAGGCUGUUCAGGGCAGCUCGUCUCAUCAAGCUACUGAGGCAGGGAGAAACUAUCAGGAUCCUGCUCUGGACCUUUGUUCAGUCUUUCAAGGCACUGCCUUAUGUUUGCCUCCUCAUUGCCAUGCUGUUUUUCAUCUAUGCCAUCAUUGGGAUGCAGCUGUUUGGGAAUAUAGCAAUUGAAGAAGAUGGAGAGAGUGCUAUCAACCAGCACAACAACUUCAGGACCUUCGUACAGGCUCUGAUGCUUCUCUUUAGGAGUGCAACAGGAGAGGCGUGGCAUGAGAUCAUGCUGGCGUGUCUCGGGGGUAAGGAGUGUGACCCCCUGUCAGGGAAUACAGAGCCAGAGUGUGGCAGCCAGGUUGCCUACCUCUAUUUUGUCUCCUUCAUCUUCUUCUGUUCGUUCUUGAUGCUGAAUCUGUUUGUAGCCGUCAUCAUGGACAACUUUGAGUACCUGACUAGAGAUUCAUCCAUUCUGGGACCUCAUCACCUGGAUGAGUAUGUCAGGAUAUGGGCGGAAUAUGAUCCAGCCGCCUGCGGGCGCAUACAUUAUAAGGACAUGUACAGUUUAUUACGAGUUAUCGACCCGCCUCUCGGCUUAGGCAAGAAAUGCCCCCAUAGGGUGGCCUGCAAGAGACUGCUUCGUAUGGAUCUGCCUGUGGCCGAUGACAACACGGUCCACUUUAACUCCACUCUCAUGGCUUUGAUCCGCACAGCGUUGGAUAUCAAGAUCGCCAAGGGUGGUAUUGACAAGCACCAGAUGGAUGCAGAGCUGAGGAAAGAGAUGAUGGCGAUCUGGCCCAACCUCUCCCAGAAGACUCUGGAUUUGCUGGUUACGCCACACAAGUCAGCAACAGACCUGACUGUGGGGAAAAUCUAUGCUGCCAUGAUGAUCAUGGAGUACUACAGGCAGAGCAAGAUCAAACGCUCCCAGGCUCUUCGUGACGAGCAGAACCGAACGCCAUUACUGUUUCAGCGCGUGGAGCCACCUACCCCCACCCAGGAAGGGGGUCCAGGACUUAACAACGCCCUGCCUCCACUUAAUGGAACAGAGACUGUGAACAGCCUGCCGGUGGAGGGCGGGAUCCCAGAAAGCAAGUCGUGGGUUACAGCUCGUGCCAGGGAGAUGUCCCAGAAGGUUGGCAACUGGAGCCCUGAAGGACAUGCUGAGGACAGCCUGGGAAGCAUGACCAACUCACAGACGGUAGAGAUGAGAGAGAUGGGACAGGAUGGUUACUCGGAUACUGAGCACUUUCCACCAAUGGAAGGCCACGGCAGGGCCGCUUCCAUGCCCCGCCUCCCAGGCGACAACCAAACUAUCAGUGACAGCAGCCCCAUGAAACGCUCCGCCUCAUCAUUGGGCCACAGCAGGUCUGGUCGGGGCCACAGAGACAAAGGAGGGCCAGAUGAUUACAACAUGGAGCGUGCAAUACCAGAGGAAGGGAGGGCUUCCCGACAUGGACACCGGCGAAAAGACCGGAGUCAUCGGGCAUCUGAGAGAUCCCUAUCUCGCUACAAUGAAGCUGACACAGGCCUGGGCACAGACCUGAGUACAACCACUCAGUCAGGCGACCUCACAUCAAAAGAGAAGGACCGUGACCGAGACCGAGACCGAGACCGGGGCCGGUCCAAAGAUCGUAAACACCACCACCAUCGCCACCACCACCACGGCUCUGUGGACAAGGAGCACUAUGUAGCAGAUAGAGGGGGCGAGUAUGGACACAGACACUCCAGAGAGAGAGAGCUCGACCGGGACAGAGAAAGGGAGAGGGACCGGCGCUGGUCGCGAUCGCCCAGUGAGGGCCGCGAGUGCAUCACACACAGACAGGGCAGUAGUUCGGUCAGCGGAAGCCCCGUCCCCUCCACCUCGGGGACCAGUACACCACGGCGAGGUCGGCGGCAGCUGCCUCAGACACCUGCAACACCUAGACCCCAUGUUACAUACUCUCCUGUAGUCCGUAAGGCCAUGCCUGCACCUCCUGGGGGGCCACAGAGCAGACCCCCAGUCCCAGCCCCUCGCCACUUUUCUCCAGAGCCUCCCCAAGGCCAGGGUCCUCCCCCUGCUGGCCUUCCAUUGGCCCACCACGGCCCGCCUCGUCAGGGACAUCAUCCCCCACCUCGUUGGGGAGACACAAGCGGAGGAGGUGGUUCUAUGGAGGGGGAUGGCUGCUUCUACAACCAGGAAUACCAGGACUAUGAACCCCACCAUGAACCACCUGCGUAUGAGCCAAGCCCCAUGCAGGGUGGCAACCCCCAUCCCCACGCUCUGGCCAACCACCCACUGCCACCUCCCACACAACAACAGUCUCAUAACCCUCAUCCUCUUCCUCCUCCUCAGCCUCACCCUGUAAACAACCCCCACCUGCAGCCCACUCGUACUUCACCAAGGACUGCCCACCAUGCACCUCCUCCCACCACUGCCCUGACUGGGCCUGUGCAGAGCCAGGUUCAGCCAGCUGCCCAGCGCCGCCUACCCAAUGGCUACCGGUCUUCAUCGCCUUCCACACACCUCCACGGUCCCCCCCAUACUGGACCUCACAAGGUUCCCCCUCCAGCUGGGCAUCCAAGAGGUCCCCGCAAGGGCCUGCAUGAACCCUACAGUGAGACAGAGGAAGACGAUUGGUGCUAGCCUCUGGGGAUGGGGGAGGGACAAAAAAAGAGGAAAAAAUGACUGAUAACUGGACUGAAAGAAAAUAGAAAGUUCUGAGCCAGAGCAGUGACUGCCAAGGGAAACCACAACUUUUCUUUCUUGUCUGUUCAUUGUUUUUCCUCUCCUCCACUACUUGGUGUCCCAGGGAUGCUGGGCUAGAUGAAAGGAUAGGUAUCAGGAUGGAGCAAAAAUGCUGAGGCAGAAUUUGGAGAAACAAGUAGAGCAAGAGAAGGUAUCAAACAGCCGGUGUGUUCUGCUUGCAUUGUUGUUGAUCAUCUCAUGAUGCCAAAAGAAACCAAGCUCAAAUUCCAGCUUUUAAGGUUGGCAGGAGGAGUGAAGGACACUACUCUUUGUGUCUUAAUUUAUGCCUCUGGCAAUGAGCUAUAGCCACUUACAAGAUGUCAAGAGUUGCGACUCGAUUAAAGACACUUUGAAGUCAGAGACAAAGGAGCAACUUUUUCUUUUUUCUUUUUCUUUUUUUUCUUUUUUUAAGGCUAACUUCUGUUAAGUUAGCAGCAAAAAAAAAAAAAAAAAAUCAAAUCCAACCCUCCCAGCCACCAGUUGAAUAUUGAUGAGUUUUAUCAUCUGUAUUUUUAAAUAAGAACUGACAAGGAGCCGUCUACCUGUAUGAGGUAAGAAGGCUAAGUGGGUGGGAGAGUUGGGGGAGUGUUGCAGGGGGGUUGACAAGUCCCUCUGUAGAAAUCUAGAGGGCAGGAUAGGUUUGUUGGGGAUGUUUAACACACUCCUCCUGCAGACAAACAUUUCAGCCAACCUCAACCUCUGACCUUUAAAAGAAGAAAAAAAAAGUGGAGUUGGGUUUCACAAACAAACAAACAAACAAACAAACCGAUAACUGUUUUCUGCAGUAUUUGUUGAUCUACUCCUGCAGCUGCUUCUUCCUCCUCCUCCUCUUCUGCUUCUUCAAAACAUCGAAGCUUGAAUCUUCUGUUGCACCCCACGCAGCUUCGUUUUUUUUAGACUUGCGGAGUUGUACACCCAAUGGAAUCCUGCAUGAAUGAUAUAAAAGAAUACUAAUAAUAGCAGCAAUGAGAAUUUACUAUCUGUGGAGGGAAUUUCUCCUCUGCCCUUUCUGUUGUGGUCUAUAGGGUUUCUCUCUUUUUAUUCAAAAUGCUUUCUGUUUCUCUCUUUGUGCUCUGAAUGACAUUCCUCUCUCUGUACCUUGAUUUACACACACAAAAAAAAAAAAAAAAAAAAAAAUAAAAAGACAGAGGGCUAUGGGGGGGUGGUUGGAUAGUUAGUGUAUGUUUAUCUAGGUGAAACAAAUCACUUACUUUUUGCUUGCUUGUCUACUGUCUGUUCCGUGCCAAAUGCCUGCCACUGACACAGCUGGAAUUGCACAUAUUUUUAGUGAAAGUAAUUUUUUGUAACCAAGAGCAUAAGGUGAAAAAGAUAUAAUGGGUAGCAGGGUAUAAAUGUGGAUUAAAAAAAAAAGAAAGUGGUGUUAGUACUGGUGGAAUCUGACAAAUCAGUAACAUCUCAAAGUCUUCCAGGGUUUGGGGUUUAAACAGGCAUCAGAGAAGAAGAGACCAAUAGAAAGGUGUAGAAAGGAGAGAAACUCUUCAUCUUUGUUUUCUUUGUCACUGAAGGUCAUAAUGGAUAACCUAAUAAUGUAAUUACAUGUAAUGACUGUGGUGAUCGAGAAAGAUUUUUUAUAUAUUUUUUGUUGAUAUUUAAGCUCAGCUUGUCAUUUUUCCAACCCUCAACACUUUGUGGGGAUAAGAUUUAUCAGAAGUUUAUCAGAAGUUAAACAAGGUAAUAGGUGUCUUACUUUUGAAGAUUAAUUAGAUAUAGCAAGGGUUCUACCAGGCUCAGUGUACAAAUGGAUGAAUCCACACUCAGACAUGACAACACAGAGAUAAGCUACCAGUUGUGGCCUGCAGAUGGCGCCGUAUAACAGUGUGGUAGCAAGAGUUAAGCACACUCCUCACUUGUAAACAUAGGUGAGUGAAUUGCACUGCAGAGGGGUUGGAAGAAAGAUAUCUGAGUUUUGCCAUGCUCCUGGAAAUCACUUGUACUCUGUGUGUUUCACUCCUGUGUAACUUUUAUUUCUGUUGGUGUGUUUCUCUGUGUGCCUCAAACUAACACUGGUCACUAACACACACCACUGUCAGCCCCAACAUUACUGUUGACAUUUUUAGUUGACCUACAUUUUACCUGGAGGCCUAUCACAUGUUGACCAGAGAAUGCAUUGAAAAAAAAGAAAUGGAAAAAACUGCCUAUUAGUGUCUUUCCAGCCUUAGUGGAAUGUCACAGACAAGUAUUCACAUCACUACACUUAAAAUCAGAAAGCACACAAAGUAUGUAGCUCCUGGUUGUGUGUGUGUGUAAGUGGGUUUUUGCGUGUAUGUAUGUACACUGGUAAAUAUGUUUAUGGAUUUUUUUCUGCUGACUUUGUUUUCUAUUCUUUGUCUCCAGAAAUCCUUUUUUUUAAAUUUCUGUCAUAUUGUUUCAUCCAUAUCCAAUUGUAUAUUUGUGGGUGCAUGUGUGUGUGUGAGAGUGUAUGAAACAUGCAAAGGCCCAAACUUUCACUUUCCAUCUUUGUGUAAAUGCUGCAGUAAAAUCCACUAACACGCUGAUUAACCACACAAAGUCUUCAAAAAGCAAUGUAAAGUCGCUACAGGAAAAAAAAUAGUCUUUUUUUAUUAUUUUUGA